ACGAGGUUAAUUCUCGAACGUGUAUCAAUAAUUUUUUAAACAAUACUCUGUUUUUCAGUUUGUCAAUAUUUAUUGUGUAUUGUAAAUGAUUUCACACAACCACAUACAUUUGUAGACUAAAUUGAAUUGAAUUGGUUUAAUUGAUAUUAAUAUUUAAUCGUGAAUUAAUUCAGAAGUUAUGAUGAAUAACGAUCAAGGUGAUGGAGAUAUAGGAAUGCAGGAAGAUGUGACAAAACAAAGAAUUUUAGCACAGAAAAAAGAAAAAAAAAUAAAAAUUAUUCGAAUUUUGACUGUAAUCGCAUACUUAAUGUCCGUGUCUACUGUGGCGACCAUGUUGUCUGCUUAUUAUAUUUUUGUUUGGAACCCACACAUUGCUAAUAACACUCAAACGCCCAACGCUGAAAAAUUGGUUAUGGCAUUACAGAGAGCUAGCGAUGAAUACGUUUUUGCUAAUAGCGCUAAUCACGAAUAUACAGAAAAUUUGAGAUUUCCAUCUGAAGUACCAAGUAAUCACAGAACCAGCUAUCAAUCUAACAACCCAGAAACGUCUAUUAAAUUGCAAACAUCAACAAUCAAAUCGUCGACGUCUCAUAUUCAAACGUCAAACGGUAACAUUUCGGAAUCAUUAACUGUGGUGAACAAUAAAUCAUAGCCUUUAUGCAAAAAUAUUAUUGUUAUUACAUAAUAUCAUAUUACAAUUUAGUUUUAAAUUUCGAUACAAUUGAAGAAAAAACAUAGAGACAUUGUUUACAGCAAUUACGUGSACAAUAAUGAUUCAUUAUUUAUACCGUAGUAUAAAAAAUAAAAUAGUAUUAGUGGCCAUUAACGAGAGAUUUUCAUGUUCAAUCUCAAUUU